GGAAACUUUUUAGAAGCCCUGGUUUGCUGGAUGACUCGCCCUCCGCAAAUCUGGUCUCUUUCUUUUUAACCUCUCGUUUCGGCUAGGCGCACAAGCAAGAUGAAGCAGAAUCCGUUCGUGUCGUCGUCGCGCAGGAAGAACCGCAAGCGUCACUUCCAGGCGCCCUCGCACAUCCGCCGCCGCCUCAUGUCCGCCCCCCUGUCCAAGGAGCUGCGUCAGAAGUACAACGUGCGCUCGAUGCCCAUCCGUCGUGACGACGAGGUGCAGGUGAUCCGCGGCCACUUCAAGGGUAACCAGGUUGGCAAGGUUGUCCAGGCCUACCGUAAGAAGUUCGUCGUCUACGUCGAGAAGAUCCAGCGCGAGAACGCUAACGGCACCAACGUCUAUGUUGGCAUCCACCCCAGCAAGGUGCUGAUCGUCAAGCUGAAGCUCGACAAGGACCGUAAGGCCAUUCUGGAGCGGCGUGGCAAGGGACGUCUGGCCGCUCUGGGCAAGGACAAGGGCAAGUACACCGAGGAAACCGCCGCCCAGCCCAUGGAGACCGCGUAAAUGUCGGGAAACAGCCAAGUGGACCAGCCAAUGUGACACACUGUUUACUGUUUUUACCAUACGGAUUAGAGUGUAAAAAACUAAACAACAAAAAAAAUAGCCUGUGAAAAUGACUCCUUUCUUUACAAUAAAGAAUAGUUCUUUUCAUAAACGGA